CUUUGAUUCAGACACCCCGAUGAGUGCGUCAACUGCCGCGCCGAUGCCUCCUGGGCUCCAUUUUGCCAUGAAGCAGGCGGAGUUGGCUCCACGGAGUAGCCUGCGGCUAAAAGCCGCGGUCGACGAUGGAGGCGGUGGUGCCGGAAAUGAGCAGGCGGGAGAUUCCUCCAGUAGUAGAGGACUCCAAGGUGCAGGUAGUCCAGGAGGUGCUAGUCGAAGAGAAGCAGGGUUACCAAAGCCGCUCACCUUUGAUCCACGCGCGCACCCGAGUUGGUUAUCGGAGCGCCGCAACAUUGCGCGAAAUCGCGAUGCGCAGUCAAAAGAGCCUAUCGUCGAAUUCUGUUGUCUCAACCGCAAUAAGCGCGACAGCUACGUGGGCGCAGGGCGAAUCUCCGGCUUCAUCAGUGGAUGCACCGCGCGCUACACGCGCGCACUGGGCUUCGUCCUGGUCAUAUGCACCGAGCGUGGCUACCUCGGGGACAAUUUUCUCUACGUCUUACGGUUAUCGCAAAAGUGGACAACCGGCGGCGUCGGCGCCGCGCUCGCGCCGAUCGCAGCAGCGUCUUUGGGAGACAUGCAAGCGAUAAAACGUGUCAAAGGUCAAGGACCGGGUGGGAGAGGUUGGUCGAAGAAACGAAGACCACCAAAAGGGGCUAGCUUAUCCUUACGGCGAAUGUUAGUAGGAUGUAUCUACUUAUACAAACCUCUUCCCAACGACAUCCUUCAAAACGACAUCCUUCAAAAGUAAAGAGACCUCCACAACAAGGAAUGUGCCGUACAGUUUAGUUCUGAAAAUACUUAAGAGGAAGAACUGCGGAGACGAAAUUUCAGCUCCUCAAGCUAGUCCUCUUACUCUAAUCUCCUCCGGCAGUGACCCAGAUGAGGCGGCAGAUGCGGCAGCCGAGGAGAAGAUACCCGUAGACUUUGCCAAUUUCUGGGAUACGAAGUUCGUAGUUCAGAGAGAGUCAGUGUCGGAAAAACGGUGGAAAGAUCCGCAGAUAUCUGCAGAUGGGACGACCGUGUUGGCUAUAGAAAACAACACCUUCCAAGUGAUGACGGCCCUGAACGUCGUGCCAAAAGACGAAAUACCAAGCAACAGAAGUGUAUUGUUAUAAUAUCUUCAGCAGACUGUUCUUCUUGGUGUGAGUGAGUCUUCUUCUAUCUUGGUGUGAGUGAGUCUUGAUUGAAUCAUUGAGAUGAGCUGCGUUAUGAAUUAGUAUCAUUUUAUGUUUUUUCGUAAGAAAAGGUAUAAUAAUGGUAUAUGAAUUAGUAUCAUUUUUUGUUUUUUCGUAUUGGUAUUUGAAUUGUUACUGUUGUUAUCAAAUUCGUUGUCACACAGUAUGCGCCUGUCCACUGUGCCCUGAGCGUGGAGCCGAAGUAUUAUAGGCGGAAGGGGCAGGAGGAUUACCCGGUGGAGCGUCUCGUGCCGCAAAGGAUAUGCCCCUUCUCUCAUCUUUCUCUCCUGGGCUCGAAUGACUCGAGUCUAGUAGGGUUAUCAGACGGCAGCUUGCUGAAGUUGAACCACAGUCGUCAUUCUCGAGUCCUCCCGGACGCUACCGACUUCGGAACACCUGGCGUCGAUCGGCUGCCGCUCUACUUAGGGCUAUUGUCAAAGAUGGUCUAUUUUCAAAUGAGAAGAUAAUUUCUCCCAACAUCUACUACUGAAUUGAUGAGAGCCUUUCUCCGCCUCUCUAAUCUACUGGGAGCAGCCGAAGUUGAAAUACGGAAACGAGCGGAGACAGCAGGAGUACGAACAGCAGCAUGAGGGUACCUGGCAUGCACUGUGUGGUAAAGAGUAUUUUGAGCGUCACGAUUCCGACAUUGUGGCACUGGGUUGUACGCAGACGGACACACUGAUCUGGUCCCUCGAUGCAAAAAACCUCAUCUGUCUAUGGCGCUACAGCGAGAAAAACCGGACCGGGUUCGGCUCCUUUCGACCGUUGGCGGCUUGGCGCUUGCUACUCAAGGACGUGGUAUUCUUAUGGGUAGGUUAAAGGUGCUUUUGUUGCCGUUUGUUAUGGCUCUCCUAAGGGGGACAGCCAUAACAAGCGGGAUAAACGAACACCAAAAACCUACCGCUAAUAUUCAAUUUCGCGCCCAUGCACGAAAUGCCGCCAGACGCAGACCAAUACACCGAGUCUGCGGAUUUGGACGUACAGGGCGCAAACGAACACUUUCUCUACCCUUUCUGUUAUGGCUCUACAACUUGGGAAAGCACUUGUAUGUAUAGACAGUUUCAGAAAUCUUUCACUUGAUUCAACACAGGAGUCCUUUUUCAAGCUAUACUACGGCUCUUUAACUGUAACUGAGUCGCUUUUAGGUGAGGAUUUAGACAUGAUCUUCAAAGAUUAUUAUGGAAUUUCAACGCUGGUUCUCGUUCUAACCCUGCAUGUUAGAGGAGGAGGAGUUUAUUUUUCCAGCAGCAAACAACACUCUGUUUCGUGUGAAUGCUUCGGAUUUUUCAAAAAAGCGCGUUCCGGUAGUUGGGCUGAAGAAAAGCGGACAGGGUGGCGUCACUCGGGGUGGCGCGGCUCCUACCAUGCUUUUGAGUGAGCUAGAUGGAGGCUCGAGUGACGAAAUGAUGGAGGGCAGUGGAGGUGGACGACCGUUUGAUUAAGGCUACCGCAGGAGCAUCCUCAGAACUAUGUAUCCUUGGCGCUUUUUCUACUUGAAAAAGCAGCCGGGGAUGCUUUCAGGGAUGCGACCGCGGUAGCUCUAUUUUGAUGCAGAUGGCCAAGGCGAUACAGAGGAUCUUCAAGAUGGAUUCGGCAUGCCCGUGGCUUCUCGCGGCAGUCGUCGUGUAACCUUUGACGUCGUGGAUCCCGGAGACCUUCACGACCACACGGGUCAAAGUUCAUCAGCGGCUUCCGAUCGCGUGCCCGACAUUCACGGCGUGCGCUUUCCUGACGUACAACUGGGAGAAUUCGCUGAGGAGCAUCUGUACGGCUUGAAAGUGCCAUUGUUGUCGAAGUUUCCCGGGUACGCGAAGAAACUGAGGUUAAGGGUCGAUCGUGGACAUAAUUUAAUUCCCUGAAAUCUGACACACGGCAAAAUAAAGCUCGAGAUGCCCUGAAAUCUCAAAUCUGACACACUGCAUCCCUGUGAUGAAGGGCAUCGUAUAUUUCGUUUCCCAACUACAACUCUUGAUAAGAAUAUUCUGGAAGGAGAGGUCGUCUAAUGAGGGCAACGGAAGGCGCAAUAAUGGACUUCGCUUUCUUUGGGAAGACGGCUGCUGUACUAUACCGUGUGCAGAAAGGAACUUUUCGUUAUGACCCUUUGGUUGAUGAUCGUUCUGACCCUUUGGUUGAUGAGUAAGUUGUUGUAGCUUUUCUUGGUUCUUUGCUCCUGGAAUGGCUCAUGAUGUUGUUACAAGUCCAACAUGGAGAAGGAAAUACUCAUACGCUGACGUCAUUUGGAGACUUUUACUGCAACGAACUACAGCCGUGUACUAUUCGAAUAAUAAUAGACUUAAGAAAGAUGAAAACGCCGUUGAGCAGAAAGUGGCCCUCGUCUUCUAAUUUUGCAUUCUAG